AUGAACUGGGAAAAUCAGUCGGUGUUGACGGAUUUGGUCUUCCUGGCCUACCCCUCCUGCCCAGAGCUGAGCGUCCUGUCCUUCUUUGGUGUCAGCCUGGUUUAUGCGUUGAUCAUCACCGGGAAUGUCCUCAUCGUGCUGUCCGUCCAGACUGAAGCCCGCCUGCACACGCCCAUGUACUACUUCCUGGGCAGUCUCUCCGGGAUAGAGAUCUGCUACACUGCGGCGGUGGUGCCCCACAUCCUGGCCAACACCCUGCGGUCAGAGAAGGGCAUCACCCUCCUGGGCUGCGCCACUCAGAUGGUUUUCUUCAUCGGACUUGGCAGUGCUGACUGCUUGCUCUUGGCUGCCAUGGCCUACGACCGGUAUGUUGCAAUCUGUCACCCCUUGCAGUACCCUCUCAUCAUGACACUGACUCUCUGUGCCCGCCUGGUGGUGGCAUCUGGCAUCCUUGGCUUUUUGCUGUCUUUACAGCUGGUGGCCUUCAUCUUCUCUCUGCCAUUCUGCCACGCCCGGGGUAUCCAGCACUUCUUCUGUGACGUGCCACCCGUCAUGCAGCUUGUGUGUGCCAGCGGCCCCGCCCAUGAGCAGUCAGUGCUGGUGGCAGCCACGCUGGCCAUCGCUGUGCCGUUCUUCCUCAUCACUGUCUCCUAUGCCUUCAUCGCGGCUGCGGUGCUCAGGGUUCAGUCAGCAGCGGGGCGCUGCAGGGCCUUCUCCACCUGCUCCUCCCACCUCACGGUGGUGCUGCUGCAGUACGGCGGCUGCGCCUUCAUGUACCUGCGCCCCAGCCCCAGCUACCGCGCUGGACGAGACCAGUUCAUCUCCCUCCUGUACACACUGGGAACCCCGUUGCUCAACCCCCUCAUCUACACACUGAGGAACAGUGAGAUGAAAGGGGCCAUAGGGAAAGUUCUCGCCAGGAGUUGCUUCUCCCACAACCGGGGAGGCCACCACCUUGCAGGCUGCAGUUUGGUGACUGGCAAUGCACAUCCUCAUGCAGCUAGCAGUUCUCUCAGCUGA